AGCACAGUGGUUUUCAUCCACUUUUUCACACUGUGGGAAGAUGCUGUGAAACUAUUGUUAUUCGAUAAUAAGAUGAAAUGAGAAAUAAAUAAGAUGUCGGUUCAAAACAUCAGACUCCCUCCUCUACCAGUACCUGAAAGACCGUACCCAGGCUAUUCUCCUCGUGACAAUGACAAAAGGAUGUCGAAGACAAAGACUAGUCACAUGGGGACAGGAGAAUCACGAACCUCCAAGGUAGGACCCGCCUCAGGCUACCUGUCCACGUGGCCGGCUCACAUGACGUCACGGAUCAUUGAUGAAGGGAAGAGUUGCUUCACCCGGGAAAAGAUAAGGAUCCAUGGGUGUGACGAUGGCCUCAGUGGACCUCCCCUGGGGAAGCCUCGCUUCCUGGUGCUCCUGGAGGAGCAUUUGAGGCUGAAGCUGCAGGACUGGAGCCCGGAGCUGCCCAAAGCACAUGAAUACAAACUGCAGGCAUAUCGAGAUGUCUUUGACUACUUCAUCGAGGACUUCAGAACCUACAAGCCUCUCCUCAUUUCCAUCAAGAACGAAUAUGAAACUGCCCUAGGGCACCUGCGGGACCGGAUCCGGGAGCUGGAGCCCCUGCGGGCACAGCUGGCCAAGGUGGCGGAGGAGAGCGACCUGCGCAUCAUGGCUCUGUGCAAAGAGGAGAAGGAAGAGGUGACCAAAUUGAAGGAGGAGUGCAGAAAGCUGGAGAAAGUGAUUGACGUCCUGAAGGAGGAGCAGUUGUGUCUACAGGCACAGGUAAGUUGUCUGGAGGAGGAUCUUCGUGCUCAGUACCAGGCAUACCGCGACGAACGGGAUGCCCGCAACCUGCUCAUCGACAAAGUCAACUGCUUGACCAACGAGAAGGAGCAGGACCACCAUGAGGAGCACGAGGAGGAGGACAUACUGAAGCUGAAGCUGACACUGAAGGUGUGCCGGGAGGAUAUGACCCGGGCCCAGGUGCAGCUCAACCAGCUUCAGGCUGACUAUGCGGAUGUGGUACCCCGGCGAGACUGGGACAAUUUGGAGCUCACCCACCAGGAGAACCAGGAGAAGCUGGAGACGUUGCAGAAGGACUUUGAGGAGCUGAAGGCGCAGCAUGACACGCUCACAGAGGAGCACCAGCAGGUGGUGCUGGAGAGGGACAACCUGCAGGCCAAGCUGGAGGGCGACCGCACCUACACCCCUCGGCCCACGUGGGAGAUAUGCGCAGACGCCCUGGGCGGGAGCGAGCGGUGGGCGGAGGUCUCCUCUGACCUGAGCAGCCAGCAGCUCCUGGAGCUUGUCCUGACAGAGCUGGGAGUCGUUCCUGACGUGGAGGAGAAGGAGGUGGUGCUCCCCCUGGUGACCACUCAAAGCAUUGCUGAUGACAUACCAGAGUGCCUGCACUACGAGGGGGACUUCAAGAAGACGGUCCUGCAGAAAGCAGAGGCAGUGAGAGCCAUAAAGGAUGUCUGGAAGGAGAAAGUGACCGAGGAUGAUGAGAAGGAGGAGAGGAGCAGCCUGGCAGAGUUUCUCCACAGGCAUCUCGACAGGCAGCACGGGGAGCGCGCUGGAGACUGGGCCUACAGCCUGCUGCAGGCCUGCCAGCAGCACCACCAGGACGACCUCAUCGGACUCUUCUAUGACAUCCUCACUGGAAAGGUGGAUGAAAGCGUGUACCAUGGGCAGACCCAAAUGCUGUCCCACCUGCUGAAGGAGCUGAUCCAGAGUGACACCACUGAGAGCGGGAUGCUGACCAAUCAGGAGUUCAGUGAGGCCUUGAAGAGGGCGUUCCCUCUGAAGGAAGAGCAGGACAUCGAGGAGCUGGUGACUGCAGCUCAAACAGAGCUGGGCAACAGCGAUGGAGGCAUUUCCUAUCAGGCCCUGUAUACAGAGGAUUCAGAUGGGAAACACAGGGACUUCUUGAGUCUGGUGAAGCGACAGAGAGGUGAGGAGAGGCACCGGUAUGUCAGCCAGCUGAGGGACCAGCUUGGAGAGAAAAGUAUGGUGGAGAUGGAGGAUCUGAAGAUGGCCUUUAAGAACAUAGACCCAAACUUGGGUCAGGCUAUGCUGGAGCGAUACCUAGCCCUGGCCUUCCAGACUCUGCCCACCCAGCUGGAGGAGUCCCCUGCCGCCCUGGACACGGACCUGGCCCUGCAGCGCCUCCUGAUGGCGGAUUUGAACAGGACAGGACCACCACAGGACCCGGUGUAAAACAUACAGGAUUGUAAACAUGUUGUAAACAUCCUGACACAGAAAAUUCACCUUUCUUUUUUAACAGCUGUGCAGAUCUUGUUGUGGCUACACUGGGGCUUGAACCACCAACCAUCCGGGUCCCGGUCAUGUACCUUAGCCACUAGGCUACAGAUUUUUUCUGUAAAAUGGUGAGCAUUGUUGGGCUGAAUGGCCUGUUCUCAUCUUUAUGUUAUGUUAUACACACAUAGGAUUCUUUGUAAACCUCCUGACAUAGAAAAUGCAAGUUUUUGUAACUUUGGUAAAACAUAAAAAUUAUGGCAACGUGAUGUACUUAUUAUUAGGGACUCUGAAAAACAGAACAUGUGGAAACUACUAUAGGUUUCUUGGAAAACAUCAUGCAUCCAUCUAGGCAAUAAAAGUGAACCGUUUCUGGA